GCGGCGCGGACUUUUUUCUCUGUUGCGACUGCGAUAUGAGGCUUUGAACGCACCCAUCAACUCUACACUUACCUCUUCCACCAACAAGUUCUCAAAUUGGUAUUUGUCUUAGCAUCAGAAUGGCGGAAGGUAUUGACCGCAAUGCGGAGGACCGCAUGGAGUUCUCGACCUCGAAAGAGGUGACGGUUGCGCCGACCUUUGAGGACAUGCAUUUGAAAGAAAACCUUCUGCGUGGAAUCUACGCCUACGGAUACGAGUCCCCAUCUGCCGUUCAAUCUCGAGCCAUCGUUCAGAUCUGCAAGGGUAGAGAUACCAUCGCGCAAGCGCAGUCAGGCACGGGUAAAACUGCAACUUUCUCGAUCAGUAUCCUGCAGGUGCUGGAAACGUCAGUUCGUGAGACACAAGCACUGGUCCUGUCUCCGACUCGAGAACUUGCGACUCAAAUCCAAAGCGUGAUCAUGGCUUUAGGAGACUACAUGAAUGUACAGUGCCAUGCCUGUAUCGGAGGAACGAACGUGGGCGAAGACAUCAGAAAACUCGACUAUGGUCAACACGUGGUAUCAGGUACACCAGGCCGAGUAGCAGACAUGAUUCGACGACGACAUCUCCGAACAAGACACAUCAAGAUGCUGGUCCUCGAUGAAGCAGACGAACUCCUUAACCGCGGGUUCAGAGAGCAAAUCUACGAUGUGUACCGAUAUCUUCCCCCUGCGACGCAAGUUGUAGUCGUCUCCGCCACUCUACCUUACGAUGUUCUCGACAUGACCACCAAGUUCAUGACCGACCCAGUCCGAAUCCUGGUCAAACGUGAUGAACUCACUCUUGAAGGACUCAAGCAAUAUUUCAUUGCCGUCGAAAAGGAGGAAUGGAAAUUUGACACUCUCUGCGAUCUCUACGACACGUUGACAAUCACACAAGCCGUCAUUUUCUGCAACACUCGGCGCAAGGUUGACUGGUUGACCGACAAAAUGCGUGAGGCGAACUUCACCGUCAGUAGCAUGCACGGAGAGAUGCCACAAAAGGAGCGUGACAGUAUUAUGUCUGACUUCAGACAAGGCAACAGCAGAGUCUUGAUCAGCACCGACGUCUGGGCACGUGGUAUCGAUGUCCAACAAGUCAGUCUGGUGAUCAACUACGAUCUUCCCAGCAACCGAGAAAACUACAUCCACCGUAUCGGUCGAAGCGGCCGAUUCGGUCGCAAGGGUGUUGCCAUCAACUUUGUUACGAGUGAUGAUGUUCGAAUCUUGCGCGACAUCGAGCUCUACUAUUCCACACAGAUCGAUGAGAUGCCGAUGAACGUUGCUGACUUGUUGACUUAAGAGUGGGGUCGCAGCGCAGAAUCUCAAAGAAUUAUGCUAUGAUGGCAUGCAAGAGAAGAUCUCAUCAACUCAGUCCAUUGAAAUGGAUCCCAAUAGCCGUUUCACUCAAUUCGCCGGAAAAGUGCUUCAAGUUCAGUCGGGACAGGUUUCAGAUUUUGGAUCGACUAUUAUACGGGCAAAUACAGCUUGUACAGGGGCACGUCGGCCGAAAAAGGGCUCCUUCUGGGAGCCUCUGGCGCUAUCAC